GAGUAUUGCGAAUUAUAUACAAGUGUAUACCUACAGUCCUAAUUACUGUGAUCAUUGUAUCAGAAGUGUCCGGACACGAAUGCCUCUCCUUUAUGUACAUGAUAUGAUGAGAUGAGAUGAGAUGAGAUGAGAUGAGAUGAUGAAAAGAGCACCCAUAGAACAGGUCCAGUGCAAAAUCCACGUGUAAGGAAAAGAAUGUGAUGAAAAGGCAAAGAACCCGCUCUUCUCCUCUUUUUGAGAGUUAUGCGCUUGUUGCUUGACCCUUGGUUUUCUCUCUCUCUCACACCCACCCACAACACGCACAUUUCCACUUUUUUCAUUCCCAUUGUUAUUAUUAUUCAUUCUCCUUUGUUUUCCUUCCAAAUUUAAUCCAUCUAUUGUAUUUAUGCCCGCAGAUCGAAUUGAAGAUUCAUAAUGAUGGAAUUUCCAGGUUCCAUGGGUUACUGUUAAUCCUCGUUCUUUGCAAUCCGACAAUGACCAACCGGAAUGCAGACUCUUCUCUGGGGGAAGGUGGUGGUAAUGUGCCGUCUCCACCUUCUGGGCAGCCAGGCCCUACCGUUCACGGAGGCAACAAGGUACCUACCGUUCAUGGAGGCAAUAAGGUAUAUAAGAGCGGCCCCCUGUUUUUAUCAUCGAAAGGAAUUGGAUGGACAUCAUGGAAGAAAAGGUGGUUUAUAUUAACACGUACUUCGUUGGUCUUCUUUAGAAGUGAUCCAGUAAGCUGAAUUUUUAAAUCUUUUGAAAAACUUCUUACAUCCCA